CCAUUUUAGAACGGAUUUGACAGAACAAAGGAACAGCAGUGUCGUCAGCCUUGGGGAAAAAAAAAUUAAAAUUUCCAAGGAAACGUCUUGUACUUCAGUCAUUAUUUUAAUCACGUAAAUAGCUCAACUAAGAUGAGGCAGCGAGAAAUCACAAGUCAUUCCCUGGCUAGUAGAGAAAACAGCUGGACAGAAAAGGCUUGGAGAAGAAAGCGCCAUCGAAGAGAGUCACACAGCAGUGAACGGGAAAAUAAGUACCGUAAACAACAUCAUCACAAAUGCAGUGACGGGCAUUACCUGGAGAGCCGGAGUCUGAACGAAAAGCAGGACGUUAAGGUCCGAGCCGUGGAUUCAGGGUGCGAUAAGGGGAGCCAUGGGAGCGUUUCAAGAGAGAAGGAGAGGCAUCGGGUGCGCCACAGAGACCGUGAUUGGCACCACUACAGCAAGUCAUCGGGAUACAGUGGCCAGAGCAGCCGGCAUGGGCGGAGACAAAGCCGCAGCCGGUCUCGUCACCGUCGCUCUCACUCGAGGAGCCAUCGCAGGAAAAGAUCCAGAAGUGUUGAGGAUGAUGAGGAGGGGCACCUGAUCUAUCACAGUGGAGACAUACUCAGGGCGAGAUAUGAGAUCGUGUGCACGUUAGGAGAGGGUGCUUUUGGGAAGGUAGUCGAGUGCAUCGAUCACAAAAGUCGAGGUGCUCGUGUUGCACUGAAGAUUAUUAAAAACAUUGAACGCUAUCGAGAUGCAGCCAUGUCUGAGGUCGAAGUGCUGGAACACGUGAACUCUCUUGACAGCAGCAGAAAAUACUGUUGUGUGCGUAUGCUUGACUGGUUUGAUCACCACGGCCAUAUUUGCAUUGCGUUUGAACUGCUUGGAUUAAGCACGUUUGACUUCCUCAAAGAAAACAGCUUCCAGCCCUUUCCAAUCGACCAGAUCAGGCAUAUGGCUUACCAGAUCAUCAAAGCAGUCAAAUUCAUGCACAGAAACAAGCUGACACACACAGACCUGAAGCCAGAGAACAUCUUGUUCGUUGAUUCGGCGUAUGACCUGGAGUACAAUGCAGAAAUGAAGAGAGACGAGAGAACGGUGAAGAACCCAGAUGUGAAAGUGGUCGAUUUUGGGAAUGCUACAUAUGAGGACGAGCAUCACACCACCGUGGUGUCCACGCGGCAUUACCGUGCACCUGAAGUCAUUUUGGAGCUGGGUUGGGAUUAUUCCUGUGAUAUAUGGAGCAUAGGUUGUAUUCUUAUUGAAUAUUACCUUGGAACAACACUCUUCCAGACCCAUGAUAGUAAAGAACAUCUGGCCAUGAUGGAACGAGUUCUGGGUCCCAUACCAGUGCACAUGCUCCAGAAAACAAGGAAACGGCGAUAUGUCCAUCGUGACAAACUGGACUGGGACGUGCACUCGUCGUCAGGACGAUAUGUUCGGAAACAUUGCAAACCUCUCAGAAACUACAUGGUCUCUAAAAGUUCAGCCCACGAGGAGUUGUUUGAUCUCCUCGAGAAGAUGUUGGACUACGACGUGACCAAGCGGAUCACUCCAGACGAGGCUGUUCAACAUCCUUUCUUUGAUGCUCUUAGGAAGGGCCACAAGUGAAGAACUCUUGAGGUUUUGCUUUGUUUUACUCUCAAAGAGAGAUUGUGUUCAGACGACUGCAUCAGUCCCACAUGUCCAGUACUGUCUUGCUUUGUUUUCCCUUCAUUAUAAUGUAAUUUAUGAUCUGUAACUUAUCUUGUAUUUUCCACAAUCAUUAAACAAGGGAGAGCUGAAGAUGAAGGGUUUGUGGCAAAUCUUAUUCUCAUUUGUUGAAUAACGUAUAGCUUUAUUAAUUCAUUGUGUAGCCAUGUUUGUUUUUUUGUGGAUUCUUUUCAUUUUCAAUAAAAGGGUCAAUGGAGAAAA